AUGGCACCUCAGUCAGGAACUACUGUGCCGCAGAUGUUCAUGGCCUUUUGCCUUGUCAGUUGGGCCCAAGUAUUGUACUACGGCAGCAAAUGGCCGGUCUGGAAGGCCGUUGCGGCGUAUAUACUUACCGCAGGGAUAUUUGCCGGUGUAGAGGCGGCCCUAAUUUUGACACUUCGGCCGAUAUACGACCGCGGAGAUGAGGCACCGGCACUGGUGGUCGGAAUCCUGGCUUCGAUUCUGUUAGCAGCCGGCCUGUUGCCGCCAUAUGCAGAGCUGUGGAAGCGCCGAGGUCGGGUCGUGGGGAUCAACUGGAUAGUCGCACAAAAUUCUUUCGAUAUCCUUGGUGGGGUUCUGUACAUCGUCUGUGCGUGUCUGGAGAUUGGCAUAUUCAUCUCCCAUAUUAUAUGGCGUAUCCGCACGCGUGCCAUUCGCAAACAAGCCAAAGCCGACGGCAAGACGUUUGACGAUAUCUUGGCAGAGCACCGUGCAGCGGGCACGCCGUUUGCAUUUGCAGAGCGCGAAAGCGACGACUGGCUGUCGCCCUCGGCACUGCUCAGGCGCAUGCUCGGCAGAAAGCCCAAGGUUGGUGGCGACGAAGAGAAAUGCACCGGCUGCGAGAGCGGGGGCGAGGGUCAGCAGGAAGCGUCGAAUGAAAAGGGGCCAAGUGAUGGGGAACGCACCGAAGGGACUGCGCACCAACUGGCAUGA